ACACCAGAUCUGGGCAAACCACAAUUAGCCUCUCACUCAUGGCUUGAGCCUAUUGUGGUUGUGGGUAUCAUGCUUGCAUCCUUAAUUGUGAAUCGUCGCAGAGACUCUAGUAGGAGUCGAUACCUGGGAACUUACGCCAGUCUGGAGGAGGGCGAAGCUCAUCUUGACGAUCUACCCAAGUCCGAAACUGUAUGCGGCCUCACUGUCAAGAAUCGAGACUCUUCUCGCUGGGCGCAUCACAUUCACAGCAGGAUUCUGCAAAAAUUCCCUUUCUUGGUUGAGAUGUUUUACUGGAUAAUGAAUUAUUUGUUCUACUCCGUGACGAAAGCGACGGCACAGUGGCUCUCUCCCGCUGAUAUUGGAGUUGUCGAGGUGGCGCGAGGUCAUGCCAUCAACGUUCUCAACUUCGAACAUAAAACCGCCUCUUGGUUAUUUCCGAUUCACGAAGCCGAUUUCCAAUCCUUUUUUAUUCGGAAUCACCCGUCCAUUCUGACCAUGUUUAAUCGCAUUUAUUCAUUGAUCCACAUUCCUGGCACAGUCCUUUACCUUUCCUGGUACUACUACGUCGCCAAGAAUCAUGCAUCAUUCGCCCUGGCGCGCCGCACAAUGACCCUUGGAAAUCUCGCCGCAUUUUUGGUAUUCUGCGUCUACCCUCUCAUGCCGCCACGUCUCCUUCCCGACUCGUAUGGAUUCUACGACACCGUGCGCCAAGGCAAUGCCGAAAGCAUCUGGGUUGGUGGCAAGUCGGUGAAUCAAUUCGCCGCCAUGCCAAGCUUGCACUUUACCUAUGCUUUUGUGAUCGGAUGCACCUUUCUCCACCACUCCGGAUUCCUGCAAAGACUCCAACGCAAACCGACGCAAAAGUCACCCUUGACUGAGUUUGGCUUUUUGACACUCGCUAUAUGCUAUCCGAUUCUCGUUCUCAGUGUUAUCGUUGCUACCGCAAAUCAUUACUGGCUCGAUGCUGUUGUAGCACUUUUUACGGUUACUCUGUCCUACCACUUCAACAGAAUUCUUAUCUUGCUACUUCCCCUCGAAUAUGCACUUUGCUGGUGUCUGCGACUGGCAAAGCCAGUGCCUACAACUGGUGACCGGGCUUGGCACAGAGCUUCGAAGAUGUGA